GGGAUAUUUACAUACACUGCUGAUUCAACCAAACGGUCGUGAAUUUAUUAACGAAAACUUUUUAAUCAACCCGGCUAAUCUGUUCGAAAUCAGUACUCUGCCAAGCAGUUUUACUAAUUUCGUAAAUGCCACAAAUAAUUGGUGGGGAAACGUGAAUCCCAACGUGAUCAUGAGGAAAAUUAAGGAUAAAAGAAGUGCUGUCGGAUUGCCACGUGUAAUAUAUCAACCUUUCUUAACGACACCAACACUCAUAUUUUCAACAGGAUUAUGCCCGUUUGGUUGGAUAAAUAUUGGCAGGAAAUGCUACAAUAAUCUUAGAAGUCCUCAUAGUUUUACGAAGUCCAAAGAAAUGUGCAAGAAAAUUGGUGGGAAAAUGCUUGCUUUUCACGAAAAUGAAAUUGACUCACCGGAAGUGUUGCAAAAAUUGCAUGCAAAAUGGGCAUAUGGAACACGAUCAAGUAUUUGGAUCGACGUCUUUAAAGAGGAUGCGAUUCCAUUCCAGAAUAAUAGAUGUUGGAUGUUCGAUGGAAAUAUAAAAAAAGCUUCAUGUGACAUAACGAAGCCAACAAUAUGCGAAAAGAGUAAACGUAUUCGUUGUAUCAAUGACUGCUCCCUCAACGGAAUUUGUCUGGGACAGACGUGUAAGUGUGAUACUGGAUGGGAAGGAGCUGAUUGUUCGUCAUAUCACUGUAAAGAUGUUGGUAAUUGUGGGACCUUUGGAACUUGCGUUGGACCAAAUCAUUGUAAAUGUCGUUUAGGAUGGAAGGGUCGUGGUUGCACUGUUAGUUAUUGUCUGCCGUUCAGAACUUGUCAAAGUUGUCUCUCACGCAGAGGAUGUGGUUGGUGCGACAACACAGGGAGAUGUUUACCUGGUACAGGUUAUAAAGCAGACAUUGGCCACUGCAAAUCGUGGUUUUAUCACAACUGUAUUAGUGUUGGACGAAAUCCGUCAUGUUCUAGUGCUAUAAAAGUUAUCGACUGCAGCACAAAUUUGUGCAAUCCUGACCAGUCGCGGUCAAACAAAGGAAGUUGUCAGCAAUGCAAGGAUUUGGAACGCUGCUAUAAUUACAACAAUACAGACAAUUCCACAUCACCAAGAUGUUAUGGGUGGGACGAAAGGAAAUGUGCGAAAGGAUUUGUAAAGAAGGACUACGAAGACACUUCGCGGAUUGACAAAGUCGUAACGAUGUCAAAUGUAAAACUAAUCAAUUCCGAUGACUUGAAAUUAUAUGGUUGUCCAGUUGAAGAGAACUUGGUUAUUGUGACAAAACAAAGCAGCAUAAAAUUCAAAAAAGGAGACAUCAUAUCAAGCACGCAAGCAGAGGGAGUGUUUCACAAAAUAGAAGAUAUCGCAUACACAGAUCAACAUGUUCUCAUGAGCGUAAUUCCAGCAAGACUGGAGGAGGCAAUUUCCUACAGUGAUUUCAAUCAAGAGGUUCCACUUCAGACCGUGUUAGUUCAAGACCUGUUUGAAGACCGUCCUGAUGACAGCUUAUUGCAAGAUGUUCUCUCAGGAGACUCCCCAAUUAACGGAACAAAAAUACAUACUAUUUUUACUGGAUCAGGCAACAACGUAUACAAAUGUUUAGCAAGAACCUACACGACUGAGGAUGAUGAAGAGGUCACAACUUUCUUCUUGGUCAUUCCCAUGACAUCCAUCGAUGGAAAUUUGAGUGUUGGUCAUGUUCUUGUUGGCAAUAGCAGCGACGGUUUUCUAGAGACCGUUACUGACAUUAUUCAAGAGGACGAUGCCAUGUUUGUUUAUACUGAACUGACGACGUGUAGCCACAGUUUUUCAAAUUUGAAGAAAUUUAAAACCUUAGGAAGUCAACUAGCUCUUGUUUGGGUGGAGACGAUCUUCUUGGCUUAA